AUGGAGGGAGAAGGAGUGGUCGGGGCACCAGGGUUUAGAUUCUACCCUACAGAAGAAGAGUUGAUAACAUUUUAUUUAAAGCAUAAGAUACAAGGCACCACCAGAUUACUGCAACAUAUCGAUAGAGUCAUACCUCGGCUUCAUGUCUACGAUUUCUACCCAUGGGACCUCCCUCAAUAUGCUGGAGAACGUUGUCAAGGAGACCUGGAGCAGUGGUUCUUUUUCAUUCCUAGACAAGAGAAAGAAGCAAGAGGAGGGCGACCCAGCCGCCUGACUAGUUCCGGCUACUGGAAGGCCACCGGUUCACCAAGCAUCGUUUACUCUUGCAAUAAUCGAGCCAUUGGGAUCAAGAGAACCAUGGUUUUCUAUAAUGGUAGAGCUCCCAGUGGGACCAAGACCAAAUGGAAAAUGAAUGAAUACAAGGCUUUCCAAGAAGUGCCCUCCUCAAACUCUAACCCUAGACCCGAGGUAUGA